AUGUCUCGGAGUACCAAUGACGCCACAGAACUGACCAGAUUCGAUUCGAGCGACAGUGGAGGAGUAUCGAUCGGAGACCCAACCGCCGGCUCCAGCGACUCUCUGCGACUCAUGAAAAGGGACCAUUCUUCCGAAUACCAGCUGAGACACGAUUACACAAUUAUGAAGACGUCUCAAAGCACGACAAGCGUUGGCACUCCAUCGAAAGAGAUCGAAAUGAGCCUGGAAAAUGACGCAGACAACUAUCCUGCAAGUUGCAGCAGCGAGUAUUAUAUCACUAGAAAGGUGGGUUGAAAAUUAUCAAAAUUUGAAAGAAUUUGUAAGUUUUGCAGGACUUUGGAAAGCCGGAACCACAACUGGCAAACGUUCUGAAAGAGUUCUACUGGAAAGAGUUGGUGUAUGCGAAAGAUAUGAGAUUAGUAAAUGAGGUAUACAUUAGAAGUAACACAAUUUAUUCUACAAAUACGUCUUCCAGUCGUUCUUUAACAAAAUCAGAGACCAUGUUGCUGAUUGUCGCUUUCUACAAGAACUGUUUGGUUCUUUGAAGGAGUUCGCGCCGAUUCAUCAACCUUUCAUUGACGCUCUCAAAGAAUCCAUGAAUGAGUUAGUUGGAAAGUGAUUAUACAUCUUUAAUUUCGGAAUUUCAGACCGGAUGACGUAAAAGCAGCCACAGUCGCACCUGUUUUGCUCGCCACAGUCCAUAAUUUGACUCCCCUUUACCAGUCUCUCGUUCAAAACUUUCCGAUAUACAUUUCCGCGUUGGACCAGCUAUAUCGCUCGAGAAUCCCAUUCAGAACUAUCAUGUCGUAAGUUCAACGGAGUUUUCUAAGUUUCAAUUUGAUUGGUUCUUCAGAAAGUUUGAGUCAUCGAAAGAGUGCUACAUUCAAGUCAACUGGCUCCUCUUGAAAAUACUGAACCGACUCAUAAACUGGCAACCAGUUCUCGCCCGAAUUAUCGAGAUUCAACUGUCGGACGGCGGAAACGAAACAGAGUUGACUGCUUUCCGAGUGGCGAUGGAUAAGAUCAUCGAGUUCGCGAAGAAGACGAAAGCAACAAGAACGUCUCUGGAGGAGUACAUUCAUGUUCUGCAAGUGGAACGAGAUACUGGACUGGUUGGUGUUCUGACUCAUCCCAACCGCAAAAUUCUACGUGUCGGGUUUGUGCUCCGAUCUGCUCGUCGGGCGCCCUGUAGUAGAGUUAUGGUAUUGUGUACCGAUCGGAUACUUUUCGGACAUCGUGGUGCAAAUCUUGAUGGAAACUUCUUUACCGUUCACGCAGAGUUCAAGCUCAAGGGAAUGAUGGUAACUUGUUUCGAAUCGAAAGAGAAAUUCAGAAAUUUUGUUUCAGAUCGAUGAAGGAGACACGUACAAAGUAAUGGACGGAGAGAAGGACGUCAUCACCCUCCAUAAUGCUGAUAUCUCCAUUGUCUUUGCUGCUCCCGAUCGUGCCUCGUGGAUUGAAGACAUCACUGAAGCGAUUAAGAAUGCAGCUCGCGCUAAGAUCGAUCUACCUAGUCUGGUGAUGGAGAGAAAAGAGGAAAAUGACAUUGACAGUGAGCAUUCUAACAAUUGACCUGGUUUCAUGCAAAUUUUCAGUGACAAAAGUGCUUCUGCCGGAAGAAUCACCGGUUUCAAAGAUGAGCCCUCUUCAAAUAUGCUGGUACAGGAAAUGCUCAUUUGGAAGGAAAGAUGUGAACAAAAUGAUAACCAACACAAUGUGUGGUUAUCUGAAAAGGAAACUGCGAAACUCUGCCGGUUGGCAAGAGUUGUGGGUGGUAAUGUGCUGUCAUACUCUCUACUUUUACAGAAAUCACAAUGUAAGUUGACAGAUAGUCUAUUAUUUUCAUAUCAGCCGAUAUUUGCAGGACCAAGAACCCCUCGCUCAUUUGUCCCUCAUGGAUUACGGUGUGGGUCUCCCGACCGUCGCCGACAACAUCAAUAAUCACGAGAACUGCUUCAAGCUGUUCUAUGGAUCACACACUUACUUUUUCCGCACCGAAUCCUAUUACUUUUUCGAAAGGUUCGUUUCGUUCCGUUCCACUUCUCAUUUCCGUGUCUCAAUCUGAUACCGCCGCCAUUUUCAAUUAACUUUUUGUUCCGAACUUGCAGAUGGGUCGAUUCGAUCUUCCAAGCGGCCAUCUCCCGCGACUCGCUCGAUGUCGUCACCGCUCUUGCUCUCCGCAUCUGA